AAUUGAGGAGAGGUGGAGGAGGAGGAGGAGGAGGGCUGUGGGAACACGAAAAAGAGAAACUCGAUCACUCGCACAGCCGCCCCGUUAAACAAAAAGAAAGACAACCGGAAGAUAACGACCUCGGGUGGCACAGCAGCAUGCAUAGACGGCGCUUUAAUUAAACCGGGACGGAGAUCCAGGCAGUGUGAGAGAGACGGGUAGGAAACGAGGGGGCGCGGAGAGCCGGACGGAUAUUUGCAGAAUUGCGCUGGAUGAGCUUCUCAUCGCCCGCCUGCUCCGGUCUCGCUUUGACUGCUGAUUUUAAAACCAGGAAAUCCGCGGUGCGCUCUCGCCUUCUCUUUCAGCGAGGCAGCAGGCAGCAGCUAGCAGGGACUGCUCGGAUACAUUUUAACUGUUAUUCUAAUAACUUCAUACCCGGAUCUUACACCAGAAAACAGACUACCUGCACGCCGGGAAACAUGAGCGAGACGAGCAUCUGCCAGGCUCGUGCCACCGUCAUGAUCUACGAUGACGGCAACAAGAAGUGGCUCCCAGCAGGCACUGGGGCGCAGGCCUUCAGCAGAGUGCAUAUCUAUCAUAGCCCUACUGGGAACUCCUUCAGAGUGGUGGGGCGCAAGAUGCAGCCAGACCAGCAGGUUGUAAUAAACUGCCCGAUCAUUAAGGGGCUCAAGUACAAUCAGGCCACUCCCAAUUUCCACCAGUGGCGGGACGCGCGGCAGGUCUGGGGGCUGAACUUCAGCAGCAAGGAUGAGGCGGUCGUGUUUGCUAACGGCAUGAACCAGGCUCUGGAGAUCCUGAACGCAGGGGAGAGCGGAACGCUUCCCUCCCCCCGCAUUCAGAAUGGACCAACCCCAGAGGAGCUGGAGCAGCAGAGAAGGCAGCAGUUGUUGGAGCAGCAGCAGCGUCAGGAGCAGCUUGAGCGAGAGCAGAGAGAGCAGCUGGAGAGGGAGAGGAGGGCCUCCAGUGCAGCUUUACAACAGAGGGUUGAUCAGGUGUUCUCCGGAUCUUCUCAGUGUAACUCUGCACAGCAAGUCAAAGGGCUGCGUUUCAGAUUCAGUAAUGUGCCUGACACAGCUGCAUCUUACAGGGGAGAUCAGGAAGAGAAAAUGACAUGCUGUUCCUGUGGCCCCCCCCGGGGGGGAGGACGGGGUCCCCCUGGAGGGGGAGGACCCCCUGGGGGGGGAGGGGGCCCGGGUGGAGGAGGAGGACCCCCCCCAGCCUCAGGAGGCCCGCCUCCGCCUCCUGCCCCGCCCCUCCCCCCUGGAGGAGGCCCGCCUCCUUCGUCUGGGGGAGGAGCCACCGGCCUGGCCGCUGCCCUCGCAGGAGCCAAGCUGCGCAAAAUGGCGAAGGAGGAAAGUCCCGCCUCCAAGGCUGAAGGCAGUCGCAGCGCCACUCUGCCAGCAGGAGGCAGCGGUGGGGGAGGGGGUGGCGGGGGGCUGAUGGGUGAGAUGAGCGCCAUCCUGGCCAGGAGGAGGAAAGCCACUGACAAAGGAGAGAAGGUGGUUCCCAAGAAAGAGGAGGAAUCUGCAAAUGACGAUUCGGAUUCUCCCAGUUCUAAACCCCUCAGUAGCACAGAUUCAGUGAGGAGACCCUGGGAGAAAGCAGCCACAAUGCCCAGGAAUAACUCUGUGCCGAAGAGCCUGGACUCCCUGAACUCCCCCCAGUCUGCCUUUCCCCUCUCCAGAGUGAAGUCAGUGACCACCAGCAGUAACAGCACAGAGGGGCCAAGUCCUGAUGAUUCGGAUCUGGACAGAAUGAAGCAGGAGAUCCUGGAGGAAGUGAAGAAAGAAUUGCAGAAAGUGAAAGAGGAGAUUAUUGAAGCUUUCAUUGAGGAGCUGAAAAAGAAGGGCUCCUCCUAAGGGAGAGAGAGGGAGAGACGCCAAACUGAAGACCCACACCACAGGAUGAGCGACCACUGAGAUUCUCUCUCCUCUCUCUCUCUCUCUCUUUCUCUCUCUCUCUCUCUACCAAGAGCCUUCCUCAGCCAAACACGCUUGAAAAAUGAAACCAAUCAAAAUAGUACAAUCUGUAACCUGCUUUAAACUGGAGCUCAGAGCCGCUGCCAAACAAACUCACACACUCACCCCUGCUGUCUCCUGGGUUUGCCAGCAGGUAGAUCGAUUCAUCAGAAUACAAUAAGAAACUUCAGGGACCAAAAUGUGGUGAGACCUCACUGAACUAGCCAGCUCUCGCCUGGCAUUCCACUUAUGAAAGAUGGUUCAGGAGGCUUUGGAAACGGGUUUUACUCGUGUUUCUUUUGUAUUGUUGUUUUUUACGUAGUUUAGCAAAAGCUGUUUUUUUUAAUAAAAGCUUUCUUUUCGUCUGAAAACGGACGGGCCGAAGCAUUCCUCUGCCUGCCUGUCUCCUGUCUCUCCUGAGAGAGCUGACGAGACUUCCAGAUCCCUCUGAUUAGCGCAGCAGCAUUUUCAGUCCUCCAGAUGUUUCAAAGUCAGUGCUAGAGAUGGAAAGUAGGAUGCAGCACUUCAUCGGUAGUGUUGCGUUUGAAAGAUUUGCAAAUACAAAUUGGCCAUGUUUACAACGACUUCUGAUCCCCUGUCUCCUCACCUCAAGAUUAAACCAGUAGACAGGACUCUGGGUUGUACCAGGGACUGGCCAGAAAAUUAGAAACACUCGCCAUACCACUGUCAACAGGGUGCAGGCAGCGAGUCACCAUCCUGGGAAUCAGGGAAAUGAUAAAAGAAUCCCUUUUCAAGUGUUGUUUUAGCCUUUCCUGAUUUAAUAGAAGCCUUUGUUUCCUUCGUAACCAAUAUUUGCUCAUUUUGAAUUAGCUGGGAAACAAUAAAUAAAUAAAUAAACAAACCCAGUGGACUGAAACCAGGCACACCCACAGAAUGAUGUCAGACAAGAAAGACCAAUCUCGUACUGCGCAGCUGAGAUGAGGCAGGAUCCAGUCUCUUGCGCCACAGUGUGGAGGGAGGGGGGAUGAGGUGCCUGGAAGUCAAAGGGAAAGGAUUUUUUUUUUUUUUUUUUUUUUUUUUUGAACUGCUAAAUUUUUAUUUCAGUUAUUCAUAUGAGAGGAUAGUGAGUUAGCCUGCUGCCUGUCUGCAUGACCUAGCCCUCCAGCUUGGAACAGAGAGAGUUGAAAUGCAGGAAUCUGAAGCCAGUGAAUCAGUCUGUUGAGCUUCUCGAAGUUCUGUCCAUAAGCAAGCAAAGCCGACCCCCCUGUCACCUGUCCAGCUUGAUUUCUACCUGCACCAAACACCACACUGCUGUACACAGGGGGGUGGGCCCUGCUGACAGUGGUUCUGAGAGUCCAAUCUCUUUGUUUUGUAUUUUAAUAUAUAAAGAAAAAAAAAAAAAACAUUUUGGCUGUUGGCCACUUUUCUGCUACUGCUUUUCAAGAAUGAAAUAUGAUAUAAAUAUGUGUUUUGUUUUUGGGGGAAGAAUACUAAACGACCUACUGUGUGUUUUUUCUAUUUUAUUUGAGAUUAUGGUGAAUGGUAUUGGGGUGGAAUGUUUUAUUUUUUAAUGAGAAUUGUGUUUUUUUGGUUGUUUAUUUUUUCUAUUAGAGUAGAGAUUUAGCAUUUUUACACUGAAAUAUGUUUGUCAGAGCAAAGAAAGCACCCAGAUACACUGGAAUUUGUUGAUGCCUUUGUAGCCAAAUACAGCUGCUUCCUGUACUCAA